AAGGUCGUUCCGUCGGCCUGGGAGAGAGCGCCUCGGAACCGGGGGACCUCACCGGGGCGGCUGGCGCAGUUCGCUGGCGCUCUGGGGGAGCAGAAGCCGCUUCCAGGCGAGGUGCUUUUUGUGAAACUGGAGUGACAGGAGGAGUGAUUUUGUAUGAGUCAUCAGCACAAUGAAGGAAGAGGACAGUUAUCUGUAGAAUUCAGUCCUGAUUGGUUUGGGCAAAAGAUCUCUUGAGCUAGGUACAGAGACUUUUUUUCCAGCCUGGGAUUUGGAAUUGAGAUCUCAGAAAAAACUCAAGAAUCAGCUGGGAAGUAACUCCUGCUCAAGUAGAAGAUGGAGGAUUCUCCUGCUAGACCUGCAAGCCCAAAGGGACUGACCUAUGUAGUGGCCGCCUCACAGAUCUUGGGCCUUGUGGUCAUCAUUGUGAUGGCAGCCUGGAUUGGACAGUAUCGGGGUGGCAUUGCCUGGGACAGCUCUCAACUACUGUUUAACGUCCACCCUCUGUGCAUGGUCAUUGGAAUGAUAUUCCUUCAAGGUGAUGCCCUUCUGGUCUACCGUGUCUUCAGGAAUGAGAGCAAGCGGUCCACAAAGAUUCUGCAUGGGCUCAUCCAUGUCCUUGCACUUAUCAUUGCACUGGUUGGUCUGAUUGCUGUCUUCCAGUACCACAAGAAGCAAGGCUUUCCGGAUAUGUAUAGCCUGCAUAGCUGGUGUGGCAUCACUGCAUUUGGGUUCUACUUUAUACAGUGGUUGUUCGGAUUUUACAUCUUCCUCUUCCCUGGAGCAUCGUUCUCACUCCGCAGUAGAUACAAACCACAGCAUGUCUUUUUUGGAGCCUUCCUCUUCAUCCUUUCCAUCGCCACUGCCCUGUUGGGUAUUCUGGAACUGCUACUCUUCAAAAUAAAGGACACCUACAGCCUCUUUGUCCCUGAAGGAAUCCUUGCCAACAUCUUGGGCCUCCUACUAAUAGUUUUUGGGGCAGUUGUGGGUUACAUCUUGACCCGGGAUGAAUGGCAGAGACCCCCAUUGGCUGAGGAGCUGGCAUUGUCCAUGGAUUUCAAAACCCUCACAGAAGAAGGCAGCCCGACAAGUUUGCACUGAGGCUUGCUGUGCCAGCUGCAUUGAGGAUCUGUGUUUCUAUGUGGUAUCUGACUUGUCCUGUAGCAUCAUGCAAUUGCCACUGUUGCACAUGUGUAAGCAGUCCUUUCACUGUGGUUUCAUGACCUCCCUCCCACAUGUCUUAUGUUUUCAUACUGUUUUCUUCAAUGGCCACUAUAAAUGUAGCAUGGUGAAAAGGAUUUGUAGCCCCUUGCUGUGUCAGUCAUUUGUGCAAAUGGAGAUUCUAUGUCAUGUUCCCUGUUGAAUAAAAGCAUGACGAGGA